AACCUUUUUCUUUUCUAGGAAUCUUCAACGCCUAUAUAUACACUCCCAUCUGUCACACUGAUAGCAAAAUCCCAUAAAAAAAUGGGGAAAAAUUCGAAGAGAUCAAACUCAAAUUCAAACUCCGACGUUGCACAAUCUACACAUCCUUCAUUCUUCAUUGGUUCAUCUGUGAUUCCAAUAAUCAAUAAGCUUCAGGAUAUCUUCGCACCGCUCGGCGAUAUCGACGAUCGAUUUACCGGUCUCCGGCUGCCGCAAGUGGCGGUGAUUGGUAGUCAAAGUAGUGGAAAGUCGAGUGUACUUGAAGCUUUAGUUGGCCGUGAUUUUCUACCGCGCGGCUGUGAUAUUUGCACUCGCCGACCACUAGUUCUUCAGCUUGAGAAACGUUCUGCUGAAAUUGGUAAUGAUUCGCUUGAAUGGGGAGAGUUUGGUCACCUUCCUGAGAAACGAUUCUAUGAUUUCUCCGCUAUUCGCCGCGAAAUUCUGGCUGAAACAGAAAAAGAAGUGGGAGUUAACAGAGGUGUUUCGGAUAAACAAAUUCGGUUGAAAAUCUGUUCUCCCAAUGUUCUCAAUAUAACUCUUGUUGAUCUACCUGGAAUAACUAAAGUUCCUGUGGGUGAUCAACCUAGUGACAUUGAAGCAAGGAUCAGAGAUAUGAUAAUGUCCUAUAUAAAACAAGAAACUUCAAUUAUAUUGGCUGUUUCUCCUGCAAAUGCGGAUUUGGCUAAUUCUGAUGCACUACAAAUGGCCAAACAGGUGGAUCCAACUGGUACACGUACAAUUGGUGUAAUUACUAAGCUAGAUAUAAUGGAUAAGGGUACCAAUGCGAGGAGCUUUCUGCUUGGGAAAGUUAUUCCACUUCGUUUAGGUUAUAUCGGUGUUGUCAACCGCAGUCAAGAGGAUAUUAACAACAAUCGUCCUAUCAGGGAAGCACUUGCUUAUGAGGAGCAGUUUUUCCGUGAUUAUCAUGUGUACCGUGGUUUAUCUGAUCGAUGUGGAAUCCCGCAAUUGGCAAAGAAACUAAAUCAGAUUCUGGAACAGCAUAUUCGAAAUGUUCUCCCCACUUUGAAGACCGAUUUAACUUCUCAGUUGGUUGCUGCUGAAAAAGAGUUACGUGCUUAUGGAGAGGCUUUGGAAUCAAAAGGAGAAAGAGGAGCGAUGCUGUUGAAUAUUCUGACAAAAUACUCUGAAGCAUUUUCUUCAGAGGUGGAUGGUAAAAGUCAAGCAAUGACCACUAAAGAAUUGUCAGGGGGAGCGCGGAUUCACCACAUAUUUCAGUCAAUUUUUGUAAAGAGCUUGGAGGAAGUUGAUCCUUGUGAAGAUCUAAGUGACGAGGAUAUAAGAAUAGCUAUCCACAAUGCAACUGGUCCAAGAAAUGCGCUAUUUGUGCCAGAGGUCCCAUUUGAAGUUUUGGUUAGACGACAGAUCGCUAGGCUGCUUGAUCCUAGCCUCCAGUGCUUGCGAUUCGUCUAUGAUGAACUUAUAAAGAUUAGUCGUGCUUGUGAAACAGUUGAAAUGCAACGCUUCUCAGAGUUAAGAAGGCGACUAGAGGAUGUCACUGCAAGGUUUCUACGAGAUGAUGUAAAACCCGCUGAAAGAAUGAUAACAAAUCUUAUUGAUAUGGAGAUGGAUUAUAUAAAUUCCUCGCAUCCCAAUUUUAUUGGUGGGACAAAGGCGGUUGAUAUAGCGCAAAACGAAUUGAAGACUAUGCAGGUGGGCCGACCUCAAUCUGACAAUGAUAGAGUGUCAUCAGCAGAAGAGAGCAAAACAUUGAAACGAGGCUGGUUAGAGUUUUCUUUUGGUACCUGGGUUGGGGAGGGGGGAGGGAGGCUUGAAGCAACAAUGUGGAGAAGUACCUCAACCACAAGGACAUGGGGUGUUACUUCCCUAUUUGGAAUCCGGGGAUCAUCAGUAGGGAAUUCAUCUAAGAGACAUGCUGCUGAAGUGGUGCAUGAUAUUACUCUGGCACCCCCUGUUAUACAAUUGAAAAAUCCACCGCUGGUCUUGAGGCCUGGAGAGACUGAAACAGAGUAUCAAGUCGAGAUCAUAGUGACGAAACUGCUCAUAACAUCUUAUUAUGAUAUUGUGAGGAGGAAUAUACAGGAUUUGGUUCCAAAAGCUAUCAUGCAUUAUCUGGUCAAUCAUGCUAAGAGAAACCUUCUUGGCACAUUCAUCGAGAAGUUGUACCGCGAGAACCUAUAUGAAGAUUUGUUGCGAGAGCAUGAUGAUGUUGUCAUUCAAAGGAGGACGACUGCAGAGAUGUGCAAUGCUCUGCGACAAGCUGUCGAGACACUAGAUGAGUUCGUUGCUGAUGUUUCUACCCUAAGUUCAAGCGACAGUAUGGAUGCAUUGCCAAACUUUUCUAACCUUUCAUCAAACUCAAACUCAAAAUCAAGCACUUGAACUCCAGGUAAUUUAAAUCUUGUACACAACACAUUAUGAGUUCAUACAGUUUUGCCUACAGCUAUAUCGAUUGAUUGGUGGAAUUAUUGAAGCAUCUAUUAGGUGUAUGGACUUGUAUAGUAAUCUGUCUUGAGUUAGUAGAUGAAUUGUGUAGUAUUAAUAUUCUUUGUGAGUUACUUGUAAUGAGCAAAUUAUUACUCCAAUGGGAAAGUUAAAUUGCAUUCUGAGCAGGUUCAUUCCUAAAUGAAGAAGCAAUUUCCUGUUUCUUUAA